AUGACAGUUAACUCCCGUUUCAAUGUCAUCCUUGGAGCUGGCAAUCUUGGCGAUCGAAGUAUUGACAAGACAGUCCGUUAUGAUACACCGGAUGAAGUAAAUGCGUAUCUCAACGCUUUCUACAAUCGCGGCUACCGGCAGAUUGAUACCGCGCGCCUAUACUCGACCGGCGCACCAGGCACAUCGGAACCCCGACUCGGCGCUGUAGGAGCUGGCGAGAGGUUCAUCAUUGAUACUAAAGUGCUUUCUCGAGAGCCCGGAAGUCACACGCGGGAAAAGAUUGCCCAGGAGGUCGAAAUAUCUCUCAAAGCCUUGCAAGUUGAUCAGGUCAAUAUUCUGUAUCUGCAUCAACCUGACCGAGCCACUCCUUUCGAAGAAACAUGCGAAGCGAUUGAUGCGGCUUACAAAGAGGGAAAAUUCAAGAAAUUCGGGCUGUCUAACUUUACUGCCGACGAAGUUAAACAGAUUCUCGAAAUUUGCGAACGCCGCUCGUUUGUAAAGCCCAGUGUAUACGAAGGACAGUACAAUCCAGUGGUCCGAGGAGGAGAGAAGGAACUGUUCCCUCUCUUACGCAAGCACAACAUUUCUUUCUACGCAUGGAGCCCUGCAGGAGGAGGCUUCUUCGCUGGAAACCACAAGAAUGCUGUAUCAGGUGGCCGCUUUGACAAAUCUACCUUCCUUGGAGCUGUGUACUCGGCACUGUAUUUGAAGCCUGCAAUCGAGGCAGCAACCGAGAACGCCCUGGCGAUAGCUGCUAAGCAUGGAGUCAGUGGUCACGCUGCGGCGUUAAGAUGGACUGCUUACCAUAGCGUCCUCGACCCCAAAUAUGGCGACGCGGUUAUCAUUGGCUCGUCUACGGUGGACCAGCUCAACUCAAACCUCGAUGUGAUUGAGCAAGGCCCCCUUCCAGAAGACAUCGUCGAGGCUAUCAACGCCGUGUAUAACGAAGUGGGCCAAGAAGAGAUUCCGUAUCACUUCUAG